GGUCAUUCCGGCGACUCGAGAACCGUCCGACGUGGACCAGCAACUAACCGGGAAAUGCCCGCGUCUUCCAGAUUCUACACCUCCGCCACGUGCUCCGUGGCCACCACCGCCUCCGCCCGUUCCCCACCUCGCCACCGCCGCGCCUCCAUGGGCCAGUCCCCCAGCGCUCCCCAGGGACGCGGGCGCAGCCGCAGCCGAAACGGGAGCAGCUCGCGGUGGCCGCACCCGGGGCUCGGGCUCGACCUGGGGUUCCUACUCGGGCGCAAGCCGCGCCCUGGGGACGAGAAGCCGGACCUGGCGAGCUGGAUGCGGUGCUUCCUGUCGCAGCGUCUGCCGCAGCCCACCGCGGCGGCGGAGGAGACGGCGGACGCGGAGGGUAAGGCCGCCGGGAGACGAGAGGAGGAGGAGGUUGGUGCGGAGGACGCUGACCACCUCGUCGUCAUGGUGAACGGGCUGUACGGGAGUUCGGCGGAUUGGAAGUUUGCAGCGGAGCAGUUUGUGAAGAGAUUGCCCGGAAAAGUCUUCGUGCAUCGUAGUCAGAGCAAUUAUUCAAAGUUAACAUAUGAUGGAGUUGACUUGAUGGGUGAAAGGCUAGCUGAGGAGGUUCGACAAAUUGUUCAGAGAAGAAGAAACUUGAGGAAAAUAUCUUUUGUUGCUCAUUCGCUUGGCGGUUUAGUAACAAGAUAUGCAAUAGGAAAACUUUACGAACCUGCCAUGGAUGAAACAUCUUCUUGUGACAAUGAUAAGCCUUCUGAUGAACAAAAUGUACCUGGUGGUGGUAAAAUAGCUGGUUUAGAACCAAUCAAUUUUAUUACAUCUGCUACACCACACUUGGGCUCAAGGUGGAAUAAACAACUUCCCUUUCUUUUUGGUGUCCCACUUUUGGAGAGAACUGCUGCAGGAACAGCACAUUUUAUAGUUGGAAGAACUGGUAAACAUCUAUUCCUUACAGACAGAGAUGACAGAAAGCCUCCUCUUCUCCUACGAAUGGUUGAAGAUUGUGACGACGGGAAAUUCAUGUCUGCAUUGCGCUCUUUCAAGCAUCGUGUUGCCUAUGCUAAUGUAACAUAUGAUCAUAUAGUUGGUUGGAGAACAUCUUCGAUUCGGCGUCAGCAUGAAUUACCAAAACUCAAGUUAACAGCAAAUGAUGAAAAGUAUCCUCAUGUUAUUAAUGUCGACAAAGGAAAUCUAGAGGAUCAUCAGCAAGAGGGAUCUGUAGAAGAUUCACUGGCAGAUAGUUAUGAAGAGAUGAUGAUCCGUGGCCUUACACAAGUGACCUGGGAACGUGUGGACGUAUGCUUUCAUAAGAGCUGGCUAAGAUACAAUGCUCAUAAUAACAUACAGGUUAGGAUCCAUCCAAUUAAUUCAGAUGGAGAAGAUGUCAUAUACCAUAUGAUAGACAAUUUUGUAGUCUAGACAAGUAGACUAUUUCUGAUGAAUACCAACUACAUAAAAGAUUACUGCUCUUUCCGGUGAAUUCGUCCUGAGAGUUCAUUAAUCUUUUAUGGGGGUUGUUAUGCACACUAGUUAGAUAAUUGGCACCAGUGGAUCGGCAUGUACUCGCACCAUGCUGCCAGUGCCAGGUGAUUAGAGCGUAGGACCUGUACUUGUUGCUGGCAAUGUAAAUGUUAGUAAUGUAAAAAUUAGCAUGACAGUGCAAAUUCUUGUAAAUGUGCAUCUACAAUGUUAUCGAAAAUCCGUAGUUCGGACGCUCUAAAGUUUGUUGAUUGCUAUGCUGAAAUAAGAUGUCCUUUUAUGUCA